AUGAAUUUGAACACCGAGUUCAGAAUAUACCCCAGCUUCUCAGGGAACCAGCUGAGAAUUCUGGAUAAGCUCGAUGUAGCUUUACGAAGUCGACACGGUCCGGAAUGGCAGGCCCAGAGAAUGGUUGGCGAUAUCCUCCGUAUCUGCGCCGAGGCAGACUCUUUGCAGCGCCUUUCGAGUAUUCUUCGAGAUCUUUGGGCAGUAGUAAUUCUACUCGCUAGUCAGUUUAGUUCAGAUGGACAGGACCAGAGAACUCUGGUAAAUUUUAUCGAGACUCUUCGAGAGCGAGAAGAUGAGGUCAGAAAAGGUUCUAAUAUCUUCUGGAAGGAUUUGCCUUAUCUAGCAGACUGUCUAUCUGAGAAUUGGAAUGAUCCGUUAUCCUCGUCCAGGCGAUUAACUCAAAGAGAUAUGACAGAAUGGGAGAACCUGAAUUCUUUCGUUGCUCGACUAACGAACAAGAAUUUCUGCCCGUGGCUUCAACUUCCCAUCAAGGAACUCAGGAAUGCCCUCGAGUGUCCUCAAUCUAGAGGAGCAGUGAUGGAAUGCAGAGUGUUGGUCGCUACUGAUUGGAUCAUACGAUGUGGGGACGUCCUGCUUCACAAAUUAACGGGCGAGAAUGCUGAUCGGCAUUUGGCCUUGAGUCUGGUAACGGGACCGUUGUGCAGAAACGUCCCCUUGCUAGGUGUCGAGAGAUGGGCAUUUUGGAGUAAGAGGUUCCAGGAGAUAGGUAAUAACUACCAAAAGCUGGAACUUAAUGAUGCGAUAUAUCUGCGGAUAGGAAAGGCGCUGCGCGUAAUGUCGGCUUUCGAAAGAGAGAGGGCCUAUUUGGACCGCACUUAGGAGUAUAUCAUCAGGUUGGGAUAUGAGAUGCUAUUUGCUCUGCAAUAUCACCU